AAGUGAGUUGAAAGUUGUAACCAUAGUUUUUGAGCAUUAUCUAAACAUUGGUGCAGGCUCCACUCACCACAGUUACGGUUAUGGCUUCAAUUUUGUCCCUAUCUAUUGCUUCUCUUUCCUUCCACAAAGCUCAAUCUCAAUCUCAAUCUCAAUCUCUGGAUUCCGAGAAAAUUCCCGAUUCUUCUUUCUCCGGCAAAAGCAGCGGUGGUUCUUGUUUUGAGCGAAGAAAGAUGGUUCUCUCUUCCGUCGGCAUCAUUGCCGGAACAUUGUGCAACAAUUCAAAUCGUGGAAUUGCUUUGGCAAAUGAGUAUGCUGACAUGCCAGCCCUUAGAGGGAAGGAUUAUGGCAAGACAAAAAUGCGAUACCCAGACUACACAGAAACCGAAUCAGGACUCCAAUAUAAGGAUUUGCGACCCGGAAGUGGCCCCAAACCCAAGAAGGGAGAGACUGUAGUGGUAGAUUGGGAUGGCUACACCAUAGGUUAUUAUGGCCGUAUAUUUGAAGCCCGGAAUAAAACGAAAGGUGGUUCCUUUGAGGGUGAUGACAAGGAUUUUUUCAAAUUCAAAAUAGGAUCUCAAGAGGUAAUACCAGCUUUUGAAGAGGCUGUUUCUGGCAUGGCUCUUGGGGGAAUUAGAAGGAUAGUUGUGCCCCCAGAACUUGGAUAUCCUGAGAAUGAUUUCAAUAAGAGUGGCCCAAGGCCAACAACAUUCUCGGGCCAACGAGCCUUGGAUUUUGUGCUAAGGAACCAAGGGUUGAUAGACAAGACUCUCUUGUUUGAUAUUGAGCUGUUGAAGAUUGUUCCUAACUGAUUUGUCAAAUUCUGUAUUGACUCCGGAAUAUCACCGUCAGAAUAUUAAGGCCUUCCUACUUGCAGAGGAUAGGAGGAUCCAUGUCCAGUCCUAUGGUCAUUUUGUUAACAUUGAUAUUUGAUGCUUGCUGACUGAAAUAUUUGUGGCCCGAAAAAUAUAUACUACGAGUUGUAUGUAUAUUGUAGUCUUGUUCGUUGUUGGUUUCUACAGUAAUAACAUUUAGUGCAACAUUAAAAGAAA